CGCUGGGGAAUUAUGAAUGGAUGAUCAGAGCGGAAUCGCAGUUCGAAAGUGCUGCAGACGAAUUCCUUUCAAAGCGCAUUUUUUUGACUCUUAUAUUUAGAUGACAGGGGACGUAACGGUCAGCUCUUCCGGAUAAAACCAAUUGCACCUGUAAAUCGCUCCGUUAAAAGUGAAGGGUGAAAUGCAUUGCUCUCUGGCCUGUUGAAGCCAGAGCAACGCCUGGUCUACCAGUGGUGAGGGAGCACCGGCAGAGCUUGGGACGGACUGGAGACAGAAGAUGGCUGGAAAUUUCGGGAAAUAUUACGCUGCUUUUAUGCCAACUUUCAUGGCAUUGUUAUACCUUGCGAUAGCAAAGAUCGAUGACUUACAUUCAACAUCCUACCAAACAUUAAAACUGUCUGCCUACGAAAUUACAAUCCCACAACAGUUGACGGAAAGAGAAAAGCGAGAUGCUGGCCUAUCUCCCUUUGCACAGGGCAGACUGUCAUAUUCCAUUCAGGUGGAAGGCCGUGAGCACAUUGUUCACAUGAAGAGAAAUGAAGACAUUGUACCGAAGGACUUCAAGAUGUUCACCUACAGCAACAAUGGGAGCUUGAUCAUAACUCAGCCAGAUGUUCAGGAUCAUUGUCACUUCCAGGGAUAUGUGGAAGGAAUGGAAAAUUCCAUGGUUGCUCUUAGCACCUGCAAUGGGCUCAGAGGAUUACUGCAGACAGGUGAUACUCAUUAUGCAAUUGAACCACUUGAGUCCUCCAGUACUUUCCAACAUGUUGUCUAUCGUAUGGAGGAUCUGCUUGAAGAACAUUUAGUCUGUGGAGUGUCAGAUUUGGCCAGCACUGUGCAGCCAGUUGAUCAGGAGCAUGCAGAACAACAUUUCCAUGAUGGUCACAGUAUGACAGGCUUCCUGCGCAAUAAACGGGCUAUAUUGCCCCAGACUCGAUAUGUUGAGCUGUUUUUGGUUGUCGAUAAGGACCUGUAUGAUAUGACCAAGAAUGAGACUGCUGUGAGAGAACAGAUGGUUCAGCUUGCAAAUUACCUUGAUGGAAUGUACAGUUCCAUGAACAUCCGCAUUGUUCUGGUGGGUUUGGAAAUAUGGUCAAGGAGGAAUCAAAUCAGCAUCGAAGGAGGAGCAGGUGAAGUGUUGGGGCGUUUUGUACAAUGGCGAGAGAAGGACUUGUUGCCUCGUCGCAGGCAUGACAGCGCACAUUUAAUUCUGAAAAGGGGAUUUGGUGAGACUGCGGGAAUGGCCUUUGUGAGCACUAUUUGUUCAAGGAGCCACAGUGGAGGAAUUAAUGUGUUUUCACAGAACAUUCUUUAUUUUGCAUCCAUUGUUGCUCACGAGCUGGGCCAUAACUUGGGAAUGAACCAUGAUAAUGACCGGAAAUGUAAGUGUGAAGCAGAAGUAUGCAUCAUGAAUGCUGGAGCCACAGGUGCGAUGAACUUCAGCAGCUGCAGUGCUGAUGACUUUGAAGCUAUGAUCUUAAAUCGAGGGGGCUCUUGCCUUUUAAACAUUCCCACACCUGAGGAAGAAUACAGCCCUCCCUUCUGUGGCAACAAGCUGGUGGAUAUGGGGGAAGAAUGUGACUGUGGAUCACCAAAGGAAUGUGAAAAUGAUCCUUGUUGCGAGGCCUCAACCUGUAAGCUCAAAUACGGAGCACAAUGUGCUUUUGGAGUUUGCUGCAAAAACUGUAAGUUCCGUCCAGCUGGAACAGUGUGUCGAGCAUCUACAAGUGAAUGUGACCUCCCAGAGUACUGCAAUGGAACAACUCAAAUUUGCCAAGCUGACGUAUUUGUGCAGGAUGGACACCCUUGCAAAAACAACAAUUCGUACUGCUACAAUGGAGCGUGUCAGAGUUAUGAUGCCCAGUGUGUAAAUUUAUUUGGACAAAAUGCAAAAUCGGCUCCACGUAUUUGUUUCCAAGAAGUGAAUUCUAAAGGUGACCGUUUUGGAAACUGUGGCUCCAGUGGUGCUGGGUAUAAGAAAUGUGAGAUCAGAAACUCCAUGUGUGGGAAACUGCAGUGUGAGAAUGUAAACUUUGCACCUGUUUUUGGAAUCAGACCUUCCAUCAUCCAGACACCGAUUGAUGGGACAACAUGUUGGGGGGUUGACUUCCGGUUGGGAUCAGAUGUCCCGGAUCCUGGCAUGGUAAACCCAGGGACACGAUGUGACACUGGCAAGAUUUGCAUGGAUUUCAAAUGUGUGGAUGCAUCUAUUCUAAACUAUGACUGUGAUGUACAGAUCAAAUGCAAUGGCCAUGGUGUGUGCAACAGUAAUAAGAACUGUCACUGUGAUAGAGGGUGGGCACCUCCAGAUUGUGCAAACACUGGCUAUGGAGGAAGCAUUGACAGCGGACCAACCUAUGAUGAUAAAGAUACUACACUUCGGGAUGGUCUGCUGGUGUUCUUCCUCCUAGUGGUUCCUUUGCUCCUUUUGGCUAUAUACGUAUUUGUGAAAAGAAAUGAACUCACAAGAAGAUUCUGUCGGAAGCGAAGUUCUCAAACACAGAAGUCUGAAAACAGAGCUCAACCAAGAAAUGCCUCAAGUAACUCAGCAAAAGAAGGGGUCAACUUACUGACAAGUCAGCAGGUAAUUGAACUUACUGAAACUUCAGGGAUAAAUAUUUCUUUGAGCUGGUGUUCUGUUUCUUGCUAUCAAAAAACAUUCUGAAAGUAAUAUGGUGAUUUCUCUUGAAUACAAUUCACAAAGCUCCUUUGUAUUUCUGCACAAUUGAAAGCCUGCUUCAAAAUCAGCUGGCAGAAAGUAGACAAAAACUCUGCUAACUAUUCAUGUUAAAAGACACAGUGAGGUGCAUUUAAUGUGAAAAAACUCCCAUUGAUGUCAUGUCCUAUUUCUUGGUCGUGAUGGCCAUUUGUCUGACCAGCAAGUGCCAAUGAGAUACAUACAUCCUGAGAGCUUUGUGCUUUGUGAGAAAGCUGUGAUACUGGUUCUGCAUGCAGCAUGGCAAAUUAU